AUGAGAGGAAGUCGUCUGCGGCUGUUGCCUUACUUGGUGGCUGCAAAUCCUGUGAACUAUGGUCGGCCUUGCAAGCUGUCCUGUGUGGAAGCUUUUGCUGCAGCUUUUUGCAUUGUUGGUAGGCUUGAUCAUUUAUUUUCUGGUUUAGGAUUCCCAGAUCUAGCUACCAUUCUUCUACAGAAAUUUAAAUGGGGCAAGACGUUUAUUGACUUGAACAAAAGUCUCUUGGAGAAGUACGCAGCCUGUCAUUGCCAGGAAGAAGUACUGAGAGUUGAAAAGGACUUUUUAGCCAGUGUCCAAGAAACAAAAGAUGAAGACAUAGAUCCAUUUGAUGUUGACUCAGGAAAAGAGUUUUCUAAUCCAAACAGACCAAUCAAUUCCCCAGGAGCAGCAGAAAGUAGUGAAGAAUCUGAGGAGGACAAGGUGAGCGUUCCAGAUGAUGCCACUGAAACCAGUGAUGAAAGCGGUCCAGAAGAUCAUGAACUUAAAAAGUUGCUGCAACAACAGCCAAUAAAUCAACUGUUUGAGAUGUAAAAAACCUGGACCCCACACACAAAUGAACACUCCCCAGCUAUCCCAGAGUUGUACCAUCCUUUAUAAAUAGUUAAGUGCGUCCUGUUGACCUGUAACUUGGUGCUUCACAAAUGCCUUUCCAGAGGUGACUCUCGGGCAGUGUGUGGGUGCAGAGGUCUGUUUAUUCAUGCAAAGGUGCCAAGUCAGGCAGUUUUUAGAUGAUUAUUUCUGGAAUGCUAAGUGUUAUGUAAAGACCCUGAAGGUUAGAAGUUCAAGGAGACCAGCUCCAGUGUAGUUGAGUCUGCACUGGGAGAGGGAAUUGUGACAAAAAGGGCCGAGAAGGAGCUCUUCCGGGAGCUUUUUGAGGCACAGAAAGUGGCGCACCUGUGCCAAGGAGGGGGCUGCUUGUGGGCAGGCUGCUCAGGUGCCAGCACCCCCAGCAGCACAGCUAAAUGAGGCAGAAACAGCCACACCAAGCA